AUGAUAUGGAGUCGCGGGUUGAAGAUAAGAGGGAUAUGCCGAGGGGAAAAGUCGGUCCAGUCGUCCGUCGUUCAUCGACUGUUGGGUCACUGUAGGGAUGCUGUAGAGAACAACAGUUGCCAGUUUCCCGUUGGCCUCGAGUCCGUCCGAAACCUCAAUGUAGCCACUCGUUCGUUGUGGCGAGCCUCUGUACACCGGUCCAGAAGAGGGCAAAUUCCAUACAGUGCAGUGGCGGGAUAUGUCCCGUCUCCUCCCACGGCUGCACCACCGCUACCGCCACCUGGUGAACGGCCGCCUCCCCCUCCAGAUGGACAACAACCGACUGCGCCUCAGGGAGAACAGCAAAAUACGGCCGAAGCCUAUGCAGCGUAUGGGUACAAUACGGUUACGAUGUCAACUCUCCCCAAUUCAAGGAAUGGGCUGCGACUCAGCAACAACAACAGUACAGUCAAUGUUAUGCCCAAGCUGGGUAUAGUGGUGUUGCUCCGGAGGGGGAUGCACAACGUCAACCGCCGCCGCCGUUUAGUUAGAGAUUUUGUGUAA